UCACGCACUCCUAACCUUCUAACUUAUGUAGUAGAAAUGCUGAACGAAGAACACAUUACAAGAAAACCCAGAUACUUACAGUAUUUUGCAGCGUUUUGUGUCGGUCUGCUACAACUAUCUCAGUGUGCGAGUUUGUCAUGGGGAUCACCGACCUUAUCGCUAUUGUUAAAAUCAGAUUCGCCAAUUGGAAAACCGAUCACUAUCGACGAUGCAGCAUGGAUGUUUGCAACGAUCUACUUUGGCGUAAUCGUCGGGUGUGUUUUCCUUGUAUUACUUCUGGAAAUACUGGGACCAAAGCAGAUUCUUAUAGCAGGCGCUAUAUUAGCAAUAAUGUCCUGGAUUGUUUUAGGAAUCUCUAAGUCUUUGGAAAUGUUAGUUAUUGGACGCGUGAUUGCCGGCGUCGGUGAUGGACUUUCUUCGCCCUGCAUAAGUAUUUACAUAUGCGAAAUAGCAAGUAACGACAUUAGAGGAAGACUUGGGGCAAUACCACUGUUUGUCGGGAUUUUUGGAAAUUUGUUUCUUGCUGGCGCGGGUCGAUACUUGGAAUACACAACACUUAUAGUCAGUUGCGCAGUUUUCCCAAUAACUUUUCUGGUACUGUUCUCCUUAAUGCCGGAUUCUCCAUACUUCCUAAUGAAGAAAGGCAGAAGAUUUGCGGCGGAAAGGAAUUUAAUGCGAUUGUUAGGUGUGGAAACGGCUGGUGAAGUGGCGCCCGUACUAAGGGAGGUAGAGGAAACUGUAGAAAGGGAGAUACGCCAAUUGACGUUCAUACAAUCAUUGCUUACACCGCAAUUUCGACAGGCGCUGCUGAUAGUGUUCGUGGGUCAUAAUAUUGUAAAUUUUUGUGGACUUCCAUUCAUGAGUGCGUACCUGCAUGUCUUGGCAUCAUCAGGUAGUAUUAGCAUGUCCGAUGAACUAACAAGCUUGUUUUUUCGUAUUGUUCAAGUUCCUGCAGUUGUAUUUGGUGGUCUAUUGGUGGACAAACUUGGAAGAAAGCCAUUGCUUUGUCUGUCAUCGCAAGGGGCAAGUGUGGCUCUCUUUGGACUGGGCGCUUAUAUCUAUCUGGACGGAGUAAUGAAUUUAGAAACGGUAUCAUUUUUACCAGUAUUGUGUUUAACGAUGUACGGGUUUUUCGUUUUCUCGGGUAUACUGAUGUAUUUGCCAUAUUUUGUUGUUGGCGAGAUUUUUACUGCAAGGACGAAAAAAGUCGGCUGCCUUGUUGUAACAUGUUACUCUUCGGUCAUUGUGUUUUUUCAACUACAGAUAUCUGGAAGUAUGUAUGAAUCAUGGGGUUUGCACACGAUCUGUUGGUUAUUUGGAGGAGUUUGCUUCCUUGGAGUGCUCUUUGGUGUGUUCUUGCUACCUGAGACAAAAGGAAAAAGUUUCGCUGAAAUUCAGAGUAACCUGAGAUCUGCACAUGAAGAAAAUAAUGCUUCAAGAAUAGUUUAAUUCUAAGCUGAAGAAAAUGCAACCAAUCCGAUCAUCAACAUACGUGACACUAUAAAUAGUUUAUUAAGAAUAAUAACGGUGGAUCGUAGAAGAAUAGUAAGUAAGUAAGUAAGUAAUUUAUUGUGUUAAUACAUUUAAAAAAUGCUUACACUCGUCCGUCGAAAUCGUAUAACACAUAAAACACAUAAAAUACAU